AAUUUUCAGCCAGUACAUAAAAAUUCAGUCAUCGUUCGAGUCGUCUAAAGAAAUGGCAGCCAAUCAAUUCUACGAAAAUAGAUUUACAAAUUUUCAUAAAAAUCAUAUAAAACUAUUUGCUGUUUAUAUGAAAACAGCAAAUUUAAUGCAAAAUUCCAACGUGCUCAAGCGAUCUCUUUAAA